CUAUGGACCCCGUACAUAUAAAUACGAACCCUUUGGGCUCGAUGUUUCUCUAAGUCUAGUAUGUUAUAAUCCUAAGUCGAGUCUCACCACCACCAGUCGUCGUCCCCUCUCAGAGUAAGAACGCUCUAUGGAUUCAAACAUAUUACCAGCAGCAGUAAGCGGGAAUGUCAAUGGGCGUGCAUCAUCGUCGUACAGACGAAAAGACAGCCUUGACGAUACAGUCUGGAGUUGUGAUGCGUCGACUAUACCCAAGCAUGACCUAGACGGCAAGACCCUAUCGCCAAGCUUAAGAAAGGAUGACUACCAAAAUCCAUCGAGCCUCGGCAGUGACUCAGAAAUGAAGAGAGAUGGGGUUGACCCGCGAGCCCAUAUCUUCCUCGGCAGGCCCAUGUCAGUCAUUCACGAAGUCGCGUUCUUCGUUGUUGUGUCGACAGCCAACUUCACUCCUCAUUCCGGUUUCCAUCAAGCACUUUGCAUUCUGCGACUUAUAGGCUCUGACCUGGGUGUCACGAGCCCCGGGCAGCUCGUAUGGAUCAUCGCAGGGUACGGCCUUACGGGGACGUUUAUUCUCCUAGCAGGCCGUCUCGGAGACGUAUAUGGGCACAAACUCAUCUUCCUCGUUGGAAAUGGCUGGUUUGCCUUGUUCUCUUUGGUCGCUGGGUUGUCCAUUUACACUCCCAAACCAUAUGCCGUCUUCCUCUUCGCGCGCAUCAUGCAAGGCGUCGGCCCAGCACUGCUAGUACCAAAUGCAGUAGCACUAUUAGGCGUCACCUAUGUACCUGGACCACGAAAGGCCAUGCUGUUUGCAAUUUUUGGAGCUAUGGCUCCAGCAUCUGCCAUAAUAUCGCCCGCAUUUACAAGCUUGCUGGCGUUGGCGCGUUGGCCUUACGCUUUUUUUGCGCUAUCUCUUCUAUUGAUCGUUAUCACAGUUGCCAGCUUGCUCAUAAUUCCUGGCGGGCUGUCUCCCGAGAGAGGGAGAGUACCUGUACGAGGUUUCAAAGCCUUGUGUACCGAGUUGGACAUCCUUGGUGCUCUGACUGGAGUUAGCGGCCUUGCCCUGAUCAGCGUUUCGUGGAACCAAGCAUCCGUGAAUGGCUGGCAGAACCUGUACGUUCCAACGCUCCUAGUAGCAGGCAGUCUAUUAUGCGUUAUCUUCGUCCUUGUCGAAAAGCACGCCAAAAAACCUCUAAUACCACUCGAAGCUAUCAACUCGGGUGUAGUUUUCGUCCUCGCGGCUGUCUUCUGUGGUUGGGGGUGCUUUGGAAUCUAUAUUUAUUACAUUUGGGGGUUUUAUGAGGUACUACGCGGCGCGUCGCCCCUGUUGGCUACAGCGAUGCAUAGCCCAAUUAUAGUCAGUGGCGUUGCCGCAGCUAUUACCACAGGCAUGAUCAUUCAUCGAGUUGGGCCUGCCGUGGUAAUGGCUCUCGCCUUGUUAGCUUUUACCAUCGGUACUACUCUUAUUGCGACAGCCCCCAUUAACCAGACGUAUUGGACACAGACAUUCCUCUGUAACCUGAUCAUUACCUGGGGAAUGGACUUGAGCUUUCCGGCGGCGACACUCAUGCUUUCAGACCUAGUUUCUAGUGAACACCAAGGUAUCGCGGCUAGCUUGGUCACGACGGUGGUGAAUUACAGCGGCGCACUGGCGUUGGGCGUUGCUGGGACAGUCGAACUCCAAAUCAAUAAUGGCGGUGUGACCCCCGAGGAUAUCCUGAAGGGAUAUAGGGGAGCUUGGUAGUGAGUACACUUGGACCCCCUUUUCUAUCCUUUAAAAACGAGUCCAAAUCAAGGCUGGAAGUUCCUAGCCAAUCCGUUUGGGAUUCGU